CACCGAUCACUUACAUCGCACACCACCGCUUCUCUCUCUCUCUCUCUCUCUCUCUCAAAUUAUCUCUCUCAUCUUCUUCGGUCCCUCACCGUCAAUGUUCCAGCAUAAAUAUUCACCCUCUUUGAACUCCAAACCUCUCCGGAUUUAACUCCUCUAAUACUAUUGGUUCUUAAACCCUUCUCUCUCUAAAUUUGAAUCUCCUCUCUCUAUAUCUAUCGAUCAAUACAUACAUAUAUUAUAUACUUGUAAGUGUCCUUCUACAUCAGGACUUCAAGUACACUAACACUGAAUCUUCUAGAACCUAGGGUUUAUCUUUCUCUUCGCCGAUUCUCGUCAAUGGCGUCGUCUUGGUAGAAAAUGGCGGCGAGUUCAAGAGGUUUAUCGACUCCUUUCAGUUUGAAACUGAGGAGAGUCGAUGUGACUCCUCUGCAUCACCAACGACUAGAGUUGAAGAAGAGGAAGAGGAGGUUUGGUGCAAUUAGGUGUUGUUCGGACUCACUGGCUCCGAUUCGGAGGACGACCGGGUCGGGGAAGAGUCCGGAUAAGGUCGAAGAAUGGCCGUUCGAUUCAAAGAAGAUCCCUCGGAGAGUUCGAAUCCAAGCUACGCCGGCAUUGCCCUUUGCUUCAUCUCAAUCCCGUUUUGUUUCCAAACAAGAGAAAUUCUAUCCCCGCUGUACACCAAGGAAUUCAGGGCCCCAGUCCCGCGAUACUCCACCUAAAAGAGACACUGGUAUUGCAAAUGAGAAGGAUUGGGGAAUUAGUCUGUUAAAUGAAAAUGUCGUUGAGUCUGGCACUAAUGAAGAUGGAAGUUCUUGGUAUCGAGAAAGUGGAGAGGACCUUGGGGAAAAUGGAUACAGAUGUAGAUGGACAAGAAUGGGCGGUCAAUGGCAUGAUGGCUCAUCAGAAUGGAAAGAAACGUGGUGGGAGAAAAGUGACUGGACCGGGUACAAAGAGCUAGGCGUGGAGAAAUCUGGAAGAAAUGCCGAAGGGGAUUCUUGGUGGGAAACAUGGCAAGAAGUUCUUCACCAAGAUGAAUGGAGUAACUUAGCGAGGAUAGAGAGAAGUGCACAGAAACAAGCAAAAUCAGGCACAGAAAAUGCUGGAUGGUAUGAAAAAUGGUGGGAGAAAUAUGAUGCUAAAGGCUGGACUGAGAAAGGGGCACAUAAGUAUGGCAGAUUGAAUGAACAGUCAUGGUGGGAGAAGUGGGGAGAGCAUUAUGAUGGAAGAGGAUCUGUUCUAAAAUGGACAGACAAAUGGGCUGAGACCGAACUUGGAACCAAGUGGGGAGACAAGUGGGAAGAGAAGUUUUUUGCUGGCAUAGGUUCACGUCAAGGGGAGACAUGGCAUGUUUCGCCCAGUGGUGAUCGUUGGUCAAGGACAUGGGGAGAAGAACACUUUGGAAACGGGUAUGCAACUAAUUUCUGUAAAGUGCAUAAAUACGGUAAGAGCACAACGGGUGAGAGCUGGGAUAUUGUCGUGGACGAGGAAACUUAUUAUGAGGCUGAUCCUCAUUACGGAUGGGCUGAUGUUGUGGGGGAUUCGAGUCAGUUGCUCUCCAUCAAACCUCCGGAGCGGCCACCUGGUUUCUAUCCAAAUCUUGAAUUUGGAUCUUCUCCACCACCUCCAGAUGACAUGCCUUCACAUCCACCACCAGCUCCGCCUCCACCUUCACAGUGAAAAGCUGAUCUCUAUGCUUCAUAUUUAAUUAUAGGUGGUUUGAAAUAUUAUUUAAAUCCAAUUGUAAUGGUUAAAGCUUUUGUAGCGGAAUGUUACGGACCAUUGUGCUUCAAUUUAUUCAUUCUUUUGAUUUUUUGACCUUCCAUUAAAUUUUGGACAAUGUUCAACAGCCUGUUAGGUUUAACUUUUGCUAUUUAGGUGCUGGUGAUUUCCAGUUGUAUGCAAA